AUGGCUUCAGCAGGACCCGUGGCCAAUUCCAUGUUUGUGGCGGCACCCCACGACAGGUACUCUGAGAUCCAGGGAGGUAUGUGUCAGGUGCCCCUGUAUCCCAGCAACCAGCCCCAAGUCCACCUCAUUCCUGUGAGCCCACCUGGUCUGAAGUCAUCUGUGAUUGAGCAUCCUGCCCGGAGAACCUUGAAAGAGGGCAAAGCCUUAGGGGCCGUCCAGAUCCUGAUUGGCCUGAUCCACAUAGGCCUCGGCUCCAUCAUGGCCACAGUCCUUCCGGGGCGCUUUACAGCAAUCUCGUUCUAUGGAGGCUUUCCCUUCUGGGGGGGCAUCUGGUUCAUCGUUUCAGGAUCCCUCUCAGUAUCAGCAGAAAAUCAGCCAAAAUCUUCUCACCUGCUGAAUAGCAGUUUGGGCUUGAACAUCGUCAGCGCAAUCUGCUCUGUGGUUGGAAUCACACUCUUCAUCAUGGAUAUGAGCCUCUCCACCAUCGAUGCCCGCCCUGACUAUUAUCCCCACUAUGACACCUGGGGUGUGACCCCCGGAGUGGCGAUUUCGGGUGUGCUGCUUAUCUUCUGUCUCCUAGAGUUCUGUGUGGCAUGUGCAUCUUCCCACCUGGGCUGCCAAGUGGUCUGCUGUCAGCACAACGUGGGCGUGGUCCUCCCAAAUGUCUAUAUGACAAACCCAGUGGUUGUCCCAGAACCGGUGAACUUGCCACCAACUUAUUCCAACGAGGUCCAGAGCUCCAGAUAA